CGAUGGCAUGCGGAUGCGUCACUGUUCUUCAUAAACAUAAUACAUUUACAUUCCCCCCACCUCCUUUCUCUGUUCUACACGGCUUUUCCUCAUAUCUCACCAAAAUGGCUCAGAAAGUGGUGCUGAAGGUAAUGACGAUGACGGACGACAAAUCGAAGCAGAAAGCAAUCGAAGCCGCUGCCGACAUCUACGGCGUUGAUUCGAUCGCCGCGGAUCUGAAGGAUCAGAAACUUACGGUGGUUGGAUCGAUGGACGCGGUGGCGAUUGUGAAAAAGUUGAAGAAAGUAGGUAAAGUGGAUAUUAUAUCAGUCGGACCUGCAAAGGAAGAGAAGAAGGAAGAGAAGAAGGAAGAAAAGAAGGAAGAGAAGAAAGAGGAGAAGAAGUAAAGUAGAAGCCAAAAAGUACACAAUUCCUUU